CCCUUUCUCUCACCCACACACCAUUCAUCAUUUGCUAUUUGCUCACACAAAUCCAUCAUGUGUUGCAGCCAUGGAUUCAUUUCAAGGAUCCCUACUACUACACCCCCACCUGUCUAUUCUUCACGAACCCACUUCUCCAUUCCCUCCACAGUUCGUCUUCAUAUAGCCACUGGUAAUCCCGGAUCUCUUAGAGCCAAAUCAGCGGCCUCCGUUAAAGAUGGUGAUGGCUUUGUGUCGGAGACAAUUAUGGAUGAUCUGAGCUUUUACGACCUACUGGGUAUCCCCGAAACGGUGACAUCUCUCGAGAUCAAGCAAGCAUACAAGCAAUUGGCGAGGAAGUAUCACCCGGAUGUCUCGCCUCCGGGUCGGGCGGAGGAGUAUACACAGAGGUUUAUUCGGGUACAGGAAGCAUAUGAAACGUUGUCGGAUCCUAGCCAAAGGGCUUUGUAUGAUCGACAUAUGGCUAUGGGAAUUCACUUUGCCUUUUCUUCUCGGAAUCAUCUCCACAAUGAUGAGCAAAUGAAGGGGAAAAGCGAAUGGCGAGGCCAUUGGCAAAGUCAACUAUCAGAGCUCCGGAAAAGAAGCAUGUACAAAGAAUCUGGUAAAAACACAUCGUGGGCAGCACGUAUGCGCAGGCAAAGAACAGAAUCUCCACCCUGAUUAUAAGUAAAGCGUGCAGAUUUCGUGUAUAUAAAUCUUACUUAUUCUGUUCUUCUGAAGGAGGUUUCACAUUCUAUACUCUUUACCAAUGCCUUUACGGCCCAGAUGAAUGCUUUUUAUCACUAGGCUAUGAGGCAGCUAAAGAAAUGUAUAAAAACUAGGUAUAGUAAAUACGUUGGUCCGCCUAUAUACUUGAAGCUAUUCACAAUGAAUAAGAACCAAAACCCCAUCUUUUUACA